AAUGAUUCCCCAAGAAUGCUUAGGAGAAUCCAAACAGUUGAAUGCAGAUGUUGGUGGAGAAAUUACCAGUCCUAAUUAUCCUCGUAAAUAUCCUACCUCGUUGGAUUGUGAAUACAUCGUUAAGAGCUCUACUGGUAAAGUAAAAAUCGACUUUGACGAUUUCGAUGUUGAGGAAGAUCACUCGGGAGAUUGUGAAUACGACUAUCUAGAAAUUACCUACGUAUCCAACGGUUCUCCUGUUAAGAGUACGAAAUAUUGCGGCAACAAAAAACCGGCGUCUCUUUCGACAAACUAUGAUACCGUCCGCGUUAAAUUCCAUUCAGACGCAUUCACUUCCAACAAUAAGGGAUUUAAACUGACAUAUAGUGCUACUGGUAAACAACAAGAAUACAGGCCAAUAGCAGGAUGCGAUGGACGCCAAACAGUCGUAUCUGAUCCAGACGUUCGCCUCGUUGGACCAUUAACAACAUCUGGUCAAUACCCGCCAAAUUCCGAUUGUUAUUUCUUAAUCCAAGCACCGACUGGCUAUCACGUCAGCCUAAAAUUCGAUCAAUUCGACAUUCAAUCAUCCUUCGCCUGCCGUGAAGAUAGUAUAGAAAUCUACGAUGGGCCCAAUGAAGCUUCCGAUCCCAGUAUUGGUCCAUUCUGUAAUAAUAACAAACCAAAAAAUGGAUAUAUCGACUUUGACAAAAACAGUGCCCUUGUCCAUUUCUCUUCCAAUGAAAAUGGAGGUGGAAGUGGUUUUAUUAUUAAAUUCCAAUUCGUUAAGAAUCCCGUACCUACUACAACACCCAGACCAACUACUACUAAAGCUCCAGUUCCCACAACGCCAGAACCAACAGUGAGUUUUCAUAAGCUGUCAAAGGAUGUUCUUAAAAGGACACCAGGAUGUAAUGGAUCUCCGAAAAAGAUUACAACCGAAUCUGGAUUUAAAUCUCCAAUUGUUUCAAGUGCCAAUGUUGUUCCAUCCAAUGCGGAUUGUAGCUAUUUAAUAGAAGCGCCCGAAGACAAACUUAUUGAAUUUGGAUUCUCAUUUUUCGAUUUUGGCUCUCUGAAAUGCGAUACUGAUUAUGUUGAGAUAUUCGACGGUGAUUCAGCAUCAGCCACUAGUUUGGCAAAAGUAUGCAAUGGACAUAAACUACAACCGGAAGAGAUCUUACCCAGUUCUGGAAGACACCUCUUUAUACGUCUUGUUUCUAGUUCGAAUCCUUCUGGUGCUGGUUUUGAGGGUGUAAUCACCUUCAUUAAGAAAAGUCUUUCCAGCGAAAUCUUAGCCAAAACUCCUGGUUGUCAAGGAUCGCCAGCAAAGAUAACAUCCUCUAGUAAAAUGCUUGUUUCCCCGGGUUAUGGCGUCCUAGACACUUAUCCGGAAGAUGCCAAUUGUCAAUGGCUAAUUGAAGCACCAGCCGACUUUGUUGUUCGCCUUACAUUCAAAACCUUUGAUAUUGAAGAAGAGUUUUCAUGCCUUUUCGAUUCUCUCACGGCCUAUGAUGGUCAAAAUUUCGACGAAAGAGUUCUAUUAGGCAAAUACUGCAACGAGCAUAGUCCAACUUCAGAGGGAAUUACCUCUUCAAAUAACAAGCUUUUGCUUCAAUUCGCUUCCGACGGCACAAAUAGUUUUAAAGGUUUUGAAGCUAAAAUAGAAUUUAUCAAGAGGGAUUAUAUCCGUAAAGUUCAUCCGGGCUGUGGUGGCAAAACUUUAACAUUGACAGCUCCGGAAGGUGAAUUCCGAUCUCCCAUGUACAAUGUCGAAAAACAAUAUCCAAAUAUGGCCAGAUGCGCGUGGAGUAUUGAAGUCGUUUCUGGUAAACUAGUCCAUUUAACUUUCUCCAUGUUUAGCGUUGAAGAAACUAUGGGAUGUACCAAUGAUCACGUCAAUAUUUACGAAGUAAUUGAUGGUGAAAAGAAACUCUUAAAGCGUCUUUGCGGAGACGAGAUUCCUGAUGAAAUCACCGCUUCUAAUAACAAAUUGUACAUUGAAUUUAAAUCCGACGCUACCGUUAUGGACAAGGGUUUCAUUGCCACCUACUCGCAAAAGGACGUUCCAACAGUUGAAACUUGCGGAUCGCCCAAAAUCCUUCCCAAAUUUGGACGUAUCGUCGGUGGAAUUGAAGCCAAUCCUCACUCUUGGCCAUGGCAAAUUUCGCUAAGAGCUCAAACUCAAAGGAGUUAUACGAAUGAUGAUUAUGGUCAUGUUUGCGGUGGAAGUAUUAUCAAUAGCCGUUGGAUUGUAACCGCUGCUCAUUGCGUAAACGGUGGAAAAAAUUAUCCAAUGAAUUUCUGGAGGAUCCUUGUAGGUGAACACGAUAGAUCAAAGACUGACAGAUCUCAAAAAUACCACAAGGUUGACAAGUUAAUUAUACACGAAAAUUACGAUACAAGAGGAUAUCAUAACGAUAUUGCCCUAUUCAAAACAACAACGGAGAUUAAAUUCAAUAACGAAGUACAACCAAUUUGUCUAACCAAAGAACACGUUGAAGCUGAUAAACUUUGCUUUACAACUGGUUGGGGAGCAACUCAUUUCGGCGAUAGCAAAGGCAGCGCAAAACUUCAACAAGUUAUUCUUCCAGUUGUAGGUCACGAACAAUGCAGCAAACCAGAUUAUUUGGGAAUGAGUGUUAACAAGAAAGAGAUGGUGUGCGCCGGCUAUCCAGAAGGUCAAAAGGAUGCCUGUCAGGGUGACAGCGGAGGUCCACUAGUCUGUUCAAAGGGUCCUGACGGAAGAUAUUAUCUACACGGCAUAACAAGUUGGGGAGUUGGAUGUGCAAUGGCAAAGAAACCAGGUGUAUUUACGAGAGUUUCCAGCUACGUUGACUGGAUUAAUGCACAAAUAUCGAAGAAUAGUUAA